AGAAGAAAUAGCAACCGUGUCUCCUUUUUAUUUUUUCUGCAAGAAAUGUGAAACCUCCAACCAAGUAUUGUUUGGUUUUGAGCAUUUUUUUGGCAAAUUGAGCGAAGUGUUAGAGUUGAUCAUCAUAUUUCAUAUUGCGAAUGUGAGCAUGACCAGAUGAAGAAGAGAGACUAGCAUGUAAGUACCGAUGAAAAGGAUACCAGUUGAAGACAGGGGAGGACCUAUGAUGCUCCUUGCGUGUAGAAGUUUCAUCCAACGCUACUGCGUGUCUCUUGCGUUAUCUCUGUUGUUCACCACGUCGACACAGGUUUUCACGACUGUUCUCGCAGUCGGACGCGAGGGAGACAAGCAGACGGGCGAAGCGGCCAAACCAAAAACCGUAUGGCAAGCUCUGAAGGCAGCGAUUACGGACGACCGAAAGCGCGACAGGCAGGGCAAAUUCGUGCCGGACCCGCGGACCCGAAUCGUCGGAGCUAAGGGGGAGCACGUCGAUGCCCUGGUAGUACAGGCACGUAUUCAGCUGCAGAAGAUACACAACGACGUGUGUCCCAAAAUCGGCGGAGGUUUUGCAGAAAUCAAGCCUGAUACUGCCGGGGGAUUUUUCAGCAGACUCUUUGGCUCGUCUGACGGUUCUAGCACCACGACAGAUGAAACUACAUCAUCACCCGCCACGACCGACGGGGCAGAGGCAACGGCAAAUGACGAAAACAAGGCCACGCCAACGGACGACAAGGCUUCGGAAACGACAGAGGCAACACCACCAACGCCAAAGGACGAGGAGGCAACACCAGCUCCAAUGCCAAGUGACGAGAACAAGGCCGCCACGCCAACGGACGAGGGGCGGCCGGAUGUGUCAGAGUCAGUCCUGGAGCUUCACCACCUCCGACGCAAAGUGGAAGAACUGCAGGAAACAAGGGAGAGGACAGACAAAGCGCAGAACAGCCCAGGACAAGCGUCGCAAGAGGAACAACUCCCGGCCUACGGGCUGCCGCGGCAAUACAUAGCAGCCGGCAACGACAUCGGGCUGAACGAUUGGUGUACGCACGCACAGAGCCUGGCACAGAAGGAGAAGGCCUCUGACAUUUAUGACGACUACAGCAACGGCUUGAAACAGGACAAGGAGAUCGAUAAAAAGAGGAGGUGGGGAAGUUCCUUUGGAAAUACUAACCGCGCGGAGGUCGACUACCGCGCCCAGCCCUACCUCCGUCUGCUGACCCGGGCGACCUGCGUGUACGCCUGCGAUUACCUGUUGGAUCUGGACCCCGGGCUGCGGGGCUACCCGAAAUGGCCCACAACGGCGAGCCGCGAGCGCGUCAAGCUGAUCGACAGUUGCCGCUGCACCAUGCGUGCGACGCCCGUAACAAAACAGGUACCGAGAGGCCACUUUCGUCGCACCAUCUACCUGAUUCGGCACGCCGAAAGCGAGUGGAACGCGCGGGAGAACCAAAAUGAGGAGGAGGAGACCACCCUGACGCCCUCCGCACUGUGGAACGACCGCGACAGCCCACUGACACCCCAGGGCGUCAUGCAAGCCACGCUGCUCGGGAAGGUGCUGAGCGCUGGCGCCGCCGGGGAAGACGAAGAAGACAAUGCGAGCGCGACGUUUUUCGACCCGCCACCCCAGCUCGUUUUCACCUCACCUCUGUUACGGACCAUGCUCACGUCGGUACUGAUGUUCGGAAAAAGUAAAGAGAACGCAGCAGGAGGACCACCUUCAGGCAAGAACUCUGCAGGACCGGGACCAGGAUCUUCAGGCGCCGCAUCGUCCAGUACCUUGCAGACUGGCGCCGCCGAGGACCCUGCUGGUACGCGGAACAACCUCCAGGGCGCUCGUAGUACUGCAACGCCGCAAAUCAUCCCCUGGAAAAACCUCCUCGGCUACAAUGGCGUCGAAAGUCUACCGGUCACGCCAGCGUUAUCAAAUGCAAGAGUGUCUGGGUCUGGAAAAUUGCGAGAUUUGUCCCGCAUGUCUGGCAUGGCCAAAAAGUUUGUGACGCGUGUCCAAGAAGAGACCUUUUUGCCUGUCAUGCAAAAACGCAGCUUGUGUCAUGCGAAAAACGCAACACGAAGAAGCGCAGAUAUUUCUCACGCUUGCCUGUGCAUUACAGAGCAUCCACUAUUCCCAACACAGCAUUACAGGUUUCCAGACCCAGUAAUGCUUGCACUUGAUAAGCGUCGCGACUUGGCAAUUUGCUACGGGAGGCCUUAGCAGACGCGCAGCUUAUGGCGCCACGCGAGCCCGCGGGAGAAGAGGACAAGCUGAAAAAAAAGGCCGCGGAGGAUGAAAGGACGGCGGCGUACGAUGGACAGCUAGGGCUCCCGAUCUCCAAAGAGCUGCAGACCCUUCGCGAGCUGUUUGAGGGCAGCGCCAGUAGUGACUCGGGCGAGGGUCGUGCUGGCAAGAUGAGCAGCAAGCCACUUUCUGUGGAUGAGGCGAGCCUGCGUAAAAUCACCAGUGCCGACACAUCGCCGGGCUUUCCGUGCGAUCGCCUGCACGGGGACCACCAGGAGCCCGCCGUGUGCCACCGUCUCCCCGAGUAUGCGACCGUCAGGUUGGAUUUCGACAUAGUUGUGGAGCAACGAAUUUCCGAUGGUCGUGCAUAAAACCGAGAUAUAUGGUCAUUGGACCCACGAUGAUCGUCACCGAGCGGCACAUGAUAGAUCUUGCCCACCAGCACAAGGAGGUUCAAUCUGUCACGCUGCCUCGAGCAAAAGCAGCCUGGGCUUCUGUCAUGCUCUUGAAUAUGAUCCCCGCCCAUGAGCAGCUUAGCCAGGCUUGACUGAAACAGUCCCGGUUUCCUGUUCCAGUGCUUCGCAUUUUGGAUGCGCGUUGUAUUGCAUUCGUCAUAUGAAAACAAAAACUGAAUUAGUGAUGCAGGAGCGCCGCGUGCGUAAGCUCGCUGCGACUGGUUUCAUGUGUUUUCGAUUAUAGCUUUGUCUAUAUCCACCAGCCUGACACCUCCAUACCGAAGGCGAACGCUGCAAGGGGUUCCGCGCCAUAUAUCACAAGGAAAAUCCCCCCCUCCCCAUAUCAAACGGAAGUUUCUGAUGUUGGAUUUGCGUAUACGAAUCAGGCUUGUGUUGCAGUAGAGGACUGCAGGCUCCUGCCAAGCCUGAGUAGAGAUGUUUUGGCCUAGGCGCUUACCAUGAGAAAUGUCUAUGCUGUAGUCCCAACAGCAUCACAGACCGCCUGCAUAAUGCGGCAGAGCCAGUGGAGUUGUCUUCUUGCAAGACAGACGUGAUUUGUUUUUGUGGUCUCAAAUCAGCAAGACAAAUCUUCGGAAACAUACCUUUUCGAUAUGGGGAGGGCGGAUUUUCCCUCUCAAUACCAUGCGAAAGCUGUCUCCCUUGUGGCCCAUGUGUGCCUCCCGAGGAGGGGAAGAUACGGAAUCGGAAAUGGACUUCGGCACCCGCGUGCUGGAAACGUUUGUCGCCCUCAUGCUCGGCGGAAGAGAAGAAUACGACGAAAUGGCCGGGCAGACGCCUCCAAAUGCAGCGAGUGCUGACGGUAUGCAUUGCAACUAUGUCUGGGAGGUCUGGAAGCUUGUGUAGCUGAUACAUAGUCGCAUCCGCCCGGAGUACGAGUAACGCCCGCCUGUAUAAUCACAUAACACGCAGCACCUGAAGUUUUGAGAGACGUAUGUUAAUGACAGAUUCACUCGUAUUAUGAACGUCGCAUGGCAAAAAUCAACUACUAGUAGCUGCUUCAGAGACGACAAAAAAAUGGCAGCUCGUAUACAUUCACUCCAGGUCAUCUCACUGACCUACUCCAGGACUCGCAUCACAGAUCCAGACCCAGAUCGAUAUUUGCAAUGCAUACGCGGCGUCUCAUCUUCGUCGUCCUUCACGGUAGCAACUGCAAAUUCGUCUGGGUCUGGAUCAUCGAAAGUUGGCAAUAGCUUGUCGAGCUUGUUCUUGGCUUGCAUUUUAGGAAACUCAGCCGCUGUGUUGCAUGUGAUUAGUUGUAGCAACGCAAUUUAUGGUUACAUUCCAAAUCAAGUUAUCAACUUGGAAUCACGUUAGUAGAAUCAAGUUUGCAAUGGAAUCAAGUUAAUGGAAUCAAGUUAGCAGAGUCUGGGUUUAGGGUUUGGGGUCUAGUAGGGUUUGGGGUUUCUGGCCUUUCUCUUCUCGUUGUUGCGCCAAUGCGCCCCCGCGCCUUUCCCGCGUUUGUUGUUGUGCUACUGCCCCGCCGUGGUUCCCGUUGCUCCCGUGCGCCGGCUCCUUCGUCGGCUGGGCGCGUCAUGGAUUCCGGCGGGCCGUUGGGGCCGCCCGGCGUUCGUUUGGGUUGUAAGUAGAGCUUGCGUUGCCUAAAGUUGUUUCUUUUCAGCUGAAUCAACUUGAUUCGGCAAACGCGAUCCCGUAGCAAACCUGAUUCCAUUAACUUGAUUCCAAUGGUAAACGUGAUUCCAGAUUUUGCCUAACUUGAUAUGGGUGAUUUCCGCAAUUUAUUGUCAUCCACGCCACGUCGCAUGAGGAGGUCGUCGGCGUUCUGAAUAAAACCUGCGAUCAUGCUUGGUUGCACUCGACACAAGCGGUCCAAGCAUUUUCCAGUAGAAUUUCGCAUCACAAGUUUCCUGGUGACCCAGACAUGUUUCCACUAGAUACACGGAACGACGACGCGAGACGGUGGGGCGGGAAGCUGCAGAAAGUGAGGACAAGGCAGCUGUUGAAACAAACGAAGAGGAGGAGGACGUGACAGACUUGACCUGGGCUGCCCCCUAUUCGCUGGUGGCCGCGGUGCGGGAAAAGGCUAGCGACGACGAGGCGCGGAAAAGGAUCCUAAAUUUGCAGAACCAACCCGACCUCCCGAAAGAAAUCUUCGAGCCGACGGCUUCGGAGGAGGAAGCGAAGCCAGGAAACAAGUUGAAGGCCCCCGAUCUGGUCGGGGUGAUGCCCAAAAUUUCCCCGGGGGCGCUCCGGACGUUACCCGCGGAGGUCGCGGUAGGGGAAGCCGAUACGCUGAAACUGCAGAAGCAGAAAGCACCAGCAGCUGCAGGGUUUUCUAGUGCUGCUUCCGCCUCUGCAAUUGAAGUCGAUGCCACAAGAAGCAGAAGUUCCUUGGGUAGUACCGGAACUGCAGAGCGCGGGGGUGCUGGAGGGCGGCAAGUACGAGACUCACUAGACGAGGAGGUAGCGACUCCUGUUGAAGAAUCGUCUGCAAUAAAGUUGUCUGGAAAACGCAGCUCGAUCGUGAUAUCACCUUCUCAGGAUUUCUUGCAAGCUUAAACGUCACAAGCCAAUCUGGAUUUUUUUGCCUUGCAUGAUGAGCAUAAGGAGCAUGCACAUGCAAAGCGUUCUUGCGCUUUCCGCAUUACAAACUUCGCUGUAUCUGUAGUGAAGUUUCAGGCUCCAGCAGAAAUUGUCCUCGCACGUAUUCUUGGGAGAGUAGGCCGCCAGGAGUGAUCAUGAAUGAUGCACUUCUUUGCAUCACAGUUUUUAUAAUUGUAACGCUUGAGAUUUUUGCAACCUGUGAGCAAGCUGCCAUACGCGAAUCUUGACGAUGUUGAGGACGAAGACGAGGACGAGCGGUUUUACGGGGAGCAUUAUAUGGGAGUGUCAGGUUUGAAGUCAUCAACUUGGUUAUAAUAAUUUGCGACGCAUAAAAACGACACCACUUCUUGGACCAAUAGUUUCUAGUCAGCGCAUGACAACUCUCCCUAGUACCCCAAGCAACUCUGUCAUGCUGUUUAGGGCAAGCGGGCUUCGUUCUGUCAUGCCAGUCAGCAGCCCAGCAGCUCUUGGUCCUCAGCAGGACUAUAAUCUCCUGCCCCGUUGCGUCCCAUAGAGUCACUCUCUGCGUUGCAUAUUCUAGUAAUUUCAUUUUCAACUUUGUCGACUUCGACCCUAACGUGGCCUCCAUACAUUACCGGAGGAAGCUACAGCGGGACCGUGAGGACCGCGCUCGCCUGUCGGAAGGUGAAGGUGCUGCGCAAGUAAACGAGCAGCGCGAGGACGAGGAAGUCGUGAAGCAGCCGCCGGGCCACCACGUUCAUCUCGGCAGCCGCGACGCCCUCAACAAGAACUCCGAAGGAGCUAGCGACGACGCAUCGUUCACCAGGCCCUCGUCUGCCGCGUUGCAGCUCGAAGUCGCGGUGGAGUCCGCACGGGAUAAGAAAGCGACAGGAAUGGUGGCCGAGGACGUCGUAUGAACUGCAGAAGUAUCGUAUUCGUAUAAAUGCAUUAAGCAUGAGAAAUAACAUGUGUAAUGCUGAUAAAAGAAAAAGAUUUGCAUGAUUGCAAUACGAGCACGAUACUUUUGCACAGGAUACGUCGACGGGGUGGAGCUGGAGGCUGUGGCAAUGGUCACACACGGUUCGACUUUGGACCGGAUACGAGGACUAAUUCUCCCAUUUUCCUUUAUCCAGUCCGGACCCGCCGAAGUGCCUGGUACAUUUCCGGUGCCCCGCGUGCCGGAAAGCAAUUUUCCGCUGGAGGCUGUCGCCAGUAGCGGGCAGGGAGGUAGCAGAGGAGGGUCGUCACGGAAAAGGCAGAAGCGACAGCGAUGCGGGUUCCCGGCGUAAAAACGUGCCCAAAUAAAACCCAGCUUUGACGUGCAAAUUUGAAUCAUGAUCACGAUAUAUCCUGCUCUGCUCAACAUGCGGCUUCAACUGCUCCUCGCAUUUGCCAUUUGGAAACUUGUUUUGAUCAUGCUCUACCGUAAAUAUCCCGAAUGUAUCUAUUUGUUUAAAAGCGGGCUGGCAAUGGCAUGUGAUGGAGCUGCAGCAUCUGCAUCAGCUAGGUGCAACAACAAGGCAACUACAUUUCAUGUUAGCCGACUUCUCGUGCCUGGGACUGAAAGCUUCUGGAUUUUUGUAGCAGAGUUCCAUCUCGACCAUGAGACCAAGAAGGCUCUGUCGCACUAGUAUGGGCUUUGUUUUUACUCCGCAUAGCAGAAACGAACCCGGAAACGCACUGAAAAUUGUACUCGAGUGGCCCAUGUUGGCGACGGGAGAAAACACGGACGACGUACAUGCGAAUCUCGUUCAAAUCCAAUCCCGCAUGUACGGGUUUUCCAAUGACAGGAGAUUCUUUUUCAAUACAAUCCCGCAUGUCCUGGCGCCCGAUCCCGGUGGGCUUCGCAAAUCUGUCAGGGCUUUCACCGGUACCGGACAUGCUCUUGCAUUGGACUUUCUUAACGUGAUGCACGAUGCUGUCUAUAACGGAAAGAAAGUAUCGUGAGGAAAAUUAUUUCCCGCUCGGCAUACUGAUAUGCGUCCUUUAUCGUGUUGCCGAGCGUAAUCUGUGUGCACAAGAAUAAAUGAUCAGCUCCGUCUUUCAAGAAAACAGGGGGCUUCUGAGGUGGUCUUCGCCGCAUUUACUGGAUGCAGGCGAUUCCUAUAAAAAUCCUCUUUGGCUCGAAGGACAGCAAGUUGCCAAGCUAGGAGUAGGACGCCAUGCCUAAGCAUUUACAUUCUGAUUUACCCACGCUCAUCUUUAGGAUUUAUUGUCUGUAGUCCCUUGGUAUUGUAUGUCGCAUUCGUUUGGAAUAUGCGGAGGGGGAAUUUUUGAUUUAGAUGAAGGGACUUCACCAAUUCCAAAAACUCCAUGGCAUGGUAUCUUGAUGAAAAACGAGGCCCCCACACCAGAGUCGUCAGGCAGAUUUGCAUUUACACGAACAAUUUCAACACACAUGACAUUCCCAUCACAGGCACUUCUAGCCGCGUUUUGGCGAGUGUAAAAAUUGUUGUAAGUAUACAGAAAUGAUGAAUAUGAAGAUAGCACAUCGCACAUGAGCAUGACGUCAUUUGUCCUUUCUAACCUGCGCUACACCUACAGCGAGGGAGGAAAAUCUUCGAGAUUUGUAUUGCGCAGUUCCCUGCAGUUCGACCAUCCAGUGGGGAUGCCUUUCAACGGGAUGCGUGGUUUGGAAACUUUUGGGCAAAUAUCCAGGAAAAAACACCUAUCCCCAUCCAAUUUGUCAUGCAAAACAUGCAUAAAGUCCACUAUUUGUAAUGCAAAAAAUGGAUGGGGAUGGUUGUUUUUUCCUGGAUUGGAAAAGCAACUUUGAAGGACCAACGGCGUAUCAACCGGAGUAAACGUGUCUCGGUCUGGAAGAUUGCCGCGAGAUGUUUUGUCAUCCUGGUGUGACAACUGUGGAGAGCUCUGUAAUGCAUGGCCACGAAGAGCUCGUCGCGUCCCCCCUCUGCAGUGAUUUUUUGUAGAGUCACAGUUUGUGUUAUUCACACUAGUCUUGCGCGAGGACUUCCAGCCCCAAAAAAUAUGUUUGCAAUGCAUAUGGUGCGCAGCAGUGCUCCUUGGAAGUGCGAACAUCGUGGCGGCGCAGGAAGUACCUAGUGGAGAUGUGUCCGGGACUGGAAACUUGUAAUGAUGACCGGGCUUGGACCAGUCAGACUCAGACACUCUGAGUUCUUUUGAAGGCGGGCAGCGGCAGCCAAGAAGUAGCAUGACAAGUUUUAUAAUUUCGAACGUUUUCAUCUGAUACUGAAAUACGUAGUGCGGACUAGAAGCCGCACGCUACUAUCCUCGUGCGACAGGACUAAAAGGCGCUGCCUUUGUCGGUCAUGCAAAAAUCGACAUUUUAGUAUAAGACAAAAGUUGUUAGACCCGAACUACAUACUUGCAAUGCAUACGAAGCGUGCUUACUCGCAGACCCUGACGCGGAACGGUGUACCAAUCUUCGACGCGAAGUAGACGAGUGGUGCGCUAUGGAAGUGUCGGGUUGGAAAUUUGCAAAUGAACGGAGAAGCAACACAUAACACGAUCCAGUUGGACCGCGAAUUAAUUUCUAAGCGGGGCGUGUGGACAUCAAAUGAUCUUUGGAGCACGCAAAUCCAAUUUGUCAUGGAUUUGCGUGACACACCUCCGCCGAGGCGCGCCGACUGUGUUUCUCAAGGAGCUGGCAGCUGGAGGCGCGCCAGCGUUUGCUAACACUCGAAAAUGCUAUGCGCAGAGACCGCGCCGCCCAGUCUGCCGCAAAACAAUUCCAGAAAGCACCCGCGCGAAAUUGCUCCUUGAGAGUGUCCAGGAUUAUCUCCGGACACAAUACAGGUCGCAUCCGCAUGUGGGAAGGCGCUUAUCCUGGCCAGGGGCUCACGCCGAUCACGGAGCUUGCGCGACACAUUGGAGCCGACAUUUCUCGCCUCCUUUCCUUCUUCGCCGAAUGCCGCUCGAGGAGAAGAAGCUUCUGACUUUGGGGAUUUUUUUGCCGGGUUUUGCCAAAACUUCGCCAAAAACCCGGAUUUUAUUUGGCGAAGUUUUGGCAAAAUCCGGCAAAAAAAUCGCCAAAGUGAGAAGAUUCUUCUCAUUGAGCGGCUUUCGGCGAACGGGGAAGGGAGAGGUGAGACCUCUGCUACAUCGUGUCGGGCAAGCUCCGGGAUGUCCGAACCCCGGGCCAGGAUUAACCCUUUUCCGCAUGUGGAUGCACUCUGGCUCGCGUCCGAGAAUAGCUCUGGACAUUUCCCCGGCAGCCCGCGGAGCAACUCCGCAAGGGAGCUCGCUGGAGCUGCUUUGCGGUAGAUUGGGCUGGCCGGUCUCUGCGAGAGGGCGCUUCGAAAAUCAGAUCAGGAGGCUGAUGCAACUGCCGUGGCCAUCGCGCUUAACUUGAUUGAGAGGCACAGCUGGCGCGCCACGAGUGAGAUGCGUCAUCCCAACCGCCCAGCGAGUUGCGUCUUUAAGUUCCCGCACCACACGCAGAUGCGCGCUGCAGGAUCGCACCAGCUGUGGCACUGCGCAAGGCCUGCGACCACCUGGAACACGACAACCAGUCUUGUUUUUGCGCAACCUAACACGCGCAACUCGAUCCAAUAUCGCGCGGAGAAGGGGCAGCUGGUGCCGGCAAAUACGCCCGAAAGUGAAAAGCUUUUUUGCCCAAACAACGAAAAAGCUUCUCUGUUUAGGUUGACCCCUUUUGCAUUUUGCACGUUCAUACACGCAAAUCCAAUUUGUCAUGGAUUUGCGUGCUCCAAGCCAAAAAACGACUUCUUGUAUCGUGGUACACGUCCUUUCUACUUCUAAGUACCCGCCUUGUACGGGCUUCACCUGACGGCCUUUACUUCGGACUGCUCCACAAGACAGUUUCUCUGUGCCUCGGGAAGGUUGUAUAUCAUUUGUGUUUGUCCAAUUACUUAUUUGUGGACUUCUACUAACCUAGCGCUUCCAUAUGCUUGAUGUGCCCCGCAGGCAUUCGCGACGCGGCCGGGCUGAGUGCCGGAAAUUGCGGUGGUCGAUAA